GGGUCUGGCAGCGCACUUGCUCCUCCAUCGUCCAUCCCAUCCCCCCCCCAACUCAUCGCCCAACGCAUCAUCCAAACUCGUUCCCUCAUCCCAUCGCUCAACUCAUCGCAUACGAUGUCAUCUGCCGCUGGUAGCGAGCCGUUCCAGUGCCCCACGCACGGGCCCAAGCAUGCCUUCUUCCUCUCGCAUUGGCGCUCAUCCGACGAGCAGAUUGCCCGAGACCUCAAGCGCCUCCUGGCUUCGGUCGGCCAGCGUCGCCAUGGCGAGCCCAUCUCGGUCUUUCUCGACUCGGACUGUCUCGACGGGACAGCUGGCGUCUCCACCGAUGCCCUUCCCGGCAGUGCCGUUGCCGUCCUGCUCGUCAGCAAGUCGUCCAUGAACGGAAUGAAGGAACUCGCCGACCAGGGCGAACCCGACAGCGUCGUCGACGAAAUCAGGACAGCCCUGGAUCUCAAGGAUGCCAAGCCAGACCUGCCUGUCCUGCCGCUGUGCAUUGCGACUCUGGAGGAUGGUGGCUACAUCGACUUCAAGCCGUAUAUGAUGUCCUUCCCCAGCGACCCCAAGUUUGCCUCGCUCAAGCACACCAUCGACCGCAUGAACCAGAUCCAGAUGUACGGCUUCCGCCCCGACCAGCCCCACAAGCGUCUCUACCGUCUGCUCACCCUCUUCAGCCCCAUCUUCUCCAACCCCGGUCUCCGCGACGCCAUCCCCACAAAGUACUAUGUCGACAACCUGUUCCUCGGCGACAUGGGCCAUCUGGACUCGCUCCUUCGUCAGGUCACCCUGACUGGUCGCGCCGUCGUCUCGGGCAUGGGCGGCAUGGGCAAGUCCGUCCUGGCCCGCCAGUUCCUCCAGUUCAUGAUGGGCACUCUUGCCGUCAGCAACGACGGCGAACUCGACGGCUUCAAGCUCGAAACUGUCGGCAUCAAGCCGCAGUACAGCCGCAUCUACUGGGUCAACUGCGCGACCGAAUCGACGGCCCUCGACAGCCUGGUCGACAUCUUUCCGCACAUCAAGCCCGGCGAGAUCAAGCAGCAUGCCUCUCGGAUCCUCUCCCAGAGCCGCGAGUAUCUCCUGGUCUUCGACAACGUGGACGACAUGGCCGUGGUCGACUCGGUGUUUGAGCACUCUGUCGCGGCCGGAUUCAGCGGCGACGUCGUUGUGACGACCCGGUUGUCGGCUCUCGACGAAGGACCCUUCCUCACGGCCCUCGGGGCCAAGCUUGACGACUUCCAGCAGGCUCCACUCCGCCUCGAGUCGUGGAAGAGCGAGACAGCCUUUGACUACAUCCUGGCGACAUCGCCAAUGAUUGCCGUGAAGGUGGGCACCGACCAGGACCGAGCAACGCUCCGAAAGCUCAUGGACCGGAUCAACGGAUAUCCGCUUGUGAUCCAGACGGUGCGGAUCUAUGCCGAAUGCAACGACACGCCGAUCGACGAGAUCGAGGCGCAGUUUGCCCAGGCACUCGAGGAGCAGGAUGGCGAAGACGAGACCCGGUCGUCGCUCAAGGUGAUCGUGGAUCUGUCGAUGAGCACGCUGCUGAAGAAGGGUGCAGUGGGAGUCGAGGCAUGUCGGCUGUUUGGGGCGAUCAGCCUGCUGGCGCCAGACGACAUUCCUCUCGAGCUGAUCACAGCGAUUGCGCAGAAGAUGGAGCUCUCGGCCGAUGCUGCCCAUUUCGUCAAAAUGGUGUGCGAGAGUGGUCUGCUCCGGCCCGGGCCCGACGAGCAGUACUACACACACUCGCUGACGCAGAGAGUCGCCCACGAGUGGGUCGCAGCGCACACCGAGCUCAACAGCGACCGGAUCGAAGAUGCCACUGGCGAAGCACUGCUGGAGCUGACACAGCCCGAAGACAGGAGUGCAUUGGCCCUGUCCAAACAUCUCGAUCAAUAUGUCGAGAAAUGCGUACCCGAGUGCUACACCAAGCCGCUCCACUCCCAGGUCGAGUUCAAGGCUGCGCGUCUAUCGCAGCAGCGGGCACAGUACAGCAAAGCAUCAGAGACUUAUCAACGGAGCAUGGAACGCUCGAUCCAGUUCUAUGGCGGUGAAGAUAGAGAGCAUAUCGCGAGGAUCCUCGGGGGCAUGGGCGAAACUUCGAUCGCACAGGGACGAUUUGGCCAGGCGCUCCAGCAACUUGAAAGGGCUCUCGGGAUCUAUGUCAAGGUUUUUGGCACCCGCGAGCGACUUGAAGUCGCUACCAUCCUCAACGCCAUGGGCUUGGCAGCUCGAUUCAAAGGGUGCCCUGACCGAGCGAUUGAAUACCUACAAGAAACACGCGACCUCCGGGUCAAAGUGCUUGGAACGCAAGAUCAUCCCGAAGUAGCCACUGUUCUCAACAACAUGGGCCUUGUGCACACUGACCAAGGACGCCCGAGCGAAGCACUCGCGCUCUACCAGGAGUCGCUCGAAGUCUGGCACAAGAUCCCCAAUGGCCGUAAGUAUGCCGACUUUGCCGCAACACUCAGCAAUCUCGGCAAUGCUGCGUCCGCACAAGGGCGUCUCAACGAUGCGCUUGAGUUGUACCAGCAGUCGAUCGACAUCUGGAGCGGCAUCUUUGGCACCCGAGAGCACUUCAGUAUUGCCACUGCUCUGAACAACAUGGGCGGCGUGGCCAAGACGCAGGCGCGCUGGGAUGUCGCCAUCAAGUACUUCCAAGAAUCGCUCGACAUCAAGCUCAAGAUAUUUGGAACGCGCGAGCACUUUUCUGUCGCCACCACCCUCUUCAGUAUGGCACUCGUAGCAGCCGCACAAGGGCGCCUGGAAAAUGCCUAUGCGCUCGGUCAGGAGUGCCUCGAUAUCAAAGUCAAGGUCUAUGGCACUCGCCAGCAUGCCGAAGUCGCCGAGAUCCUCGAUGGCCUGGGCACACUGCAGCGCAGUCGAGGACGUCUAAACGAAGCGCUCGUCCUGUAUCGAGAGUGUCUGGAUAUUCGAGUGAAGGUUCUGGGCACUCGAGAUCAUCCCGAUGUUGCCACGACACUCAACAAUAUGGGAUUGCUUGCUGCCGCCCAAGGGCAGUACGCCACCGCCCUCAAGCUCUAUCAAGAGUGCCUUGACAUCAAAGUCAAGGUGUUCGGAACACGAGCGCACCUCGACGUUGCGACCGUCCUCAAUAACAUGGGCGGGGUGGCUCAGAAGCAGGGCCGUCUGGACGACGCUCUUGCCUUCUACCAAGAGUCAGUCGAUAUAUGGAGCAAGAUUCCCGGCAGCCGAGCGGAUCGCAUUGUUGCCACGACCCUGCUUGCAAUGGGGAACAUCGCUAGCAGUCUAGGAUACUACGACCGCGCCCAAGCGCUCUUUCAAGAAUCCGUCGAGAUUCAUGGCCAGAUCACCGAGUCCAACGAUAGCGACAUCGCCGAGGCUGCGCAUGCUUUGGGAACCGACUUGCCCAAGGAUCGUGUUGUAGCUGCGGCACUUCGUGGCAUGGCCAUGGCGGAGAGCUCCAAGAUGCAGUAUAGCGACGCUCGUGAGCAUGCCAAGGAUGCCGCUGCGAUUUUGUCGCAGAUAUCCCCAGCUCAUCCUGAUCUUGAGAGCGUGACUGUGAUUCUUCAAGAGGUCGCCGAAAAGUCCGGGGAGAAUUAGAGGCAAUGCGCCCCACGGGUGAGCGAGGGAUGUUAUCUAUGGACGAGAAAGCCAAGCGACUCGAGAAAGUCGAGUAUCUUGAGAUCGAUACACUCUGGAACUGUCCAGAGAGUCGAGUGAAUACCCCACACUCACACAUCCAGUGAAUAAACCACACUCACACAUCGAGUGAAUGCACCACACUCACACACUCACACAUCAACACCAGUCGAUUGUCGCUACAGGGGAUCCACCGAGUGUAUUCAAGACCAUGCUUCCCAAACCAACCAAAACAAAGAGAUUACCAACCAGGACGGGAACAAUCGCAGGGCUUGCUCACUGGAGCCUGAUGCCAGAAAGGGGACCUGUCCCGUUUCUUUCUGGAUCAACUGUACACAUCCGCUCUCUCGAUGACAGCCGGA